AUGAAGAGAGUUCCUUAUGCUUUGACAGUAGGAAGUUUGAUGUAUGCCAAGUUGUCAGUAGUUGGAUAUACGGAUUCAAAUUUCCAAAUUGACAAGGAUGACAGAAAGUCUACCUUUGGGAUGGUUUUUGUGAUUGGUAGGGGUGCAGUGAUUUGGAGGAGUGCCAAACAGAAGUCAACAGCUGAUUCUACAACUGAAGCUGAGUACUUGGCAGCUAGUGAAGUAGCCAAGGAAGGCGUCUGGCUCAAGAAAUUCUUGACAAACCUAGGGGUGGUUCCUGACCUUCCAAUGGAUAAUAAUAGAGUAAAAGAUAGAAUUGAAGAUGAAAAUGAACAGCAGGAGCAAUCACAAGAAAGGGACAAGGGACUUAAAGGGAAGUUCUCAACGCGAAAGCUUGUGCCUUUCGAUUCUUUUGAUAUGGAAAAUGGGACGGAGACAGCAGGGUAUUCUAACCAUAGAUCAUCUAAGGUUGUGGAUUGGGGAACCCUCUUGAAACUUGCAUUCCAAAGUGUUGGAAUUGUGUAUGGUGAUAUUGGCACCUCACCACUAUAUGUGUUUCCUGGUAUUUUUCCCAAUGGAAUUGCUCAAAGUGAUGAUAUCUUGGGUGUAUUAUCACUGAUCAUUUACUCCCUUGCCUUGAUCACUUUGAUUAAGUAUGUCUUCAUUGUUUUAUCAGCCAAUGACAAUGGGGAAGGAGGCACAUUUGCUUUGUAUUCUCUUAUAUGUCGCUACGCCAAGGUCAGCUUGACACCAAACCAACAAGCUGAAGAUAAAGAUGUAUCAAAUUACCAGCUUGAAUUACCAAACCGCCGAUUGCGUCGGGCUUCAGCUGUUAAGUACUUCCUUGAAAGUAGCAGAACUGCAAAGUACUUUCUCUUGUUUAUGACUAUGCUUGGAACAUCCAUGGUUCUAGGGGAUGGUAUACUUACUCCAAGCAUUUCAGUACUAUCAGCAGUAGCAGGUAUAAGGGAAGUAGACAGUUCCCUCACAGACGAUACAAUCAUGUGGAUAUCUGUGGUGAUCUUAAUCCUUUUGUUCCAAUUUCAGAGGUUUGGAACAGACAAAGUUGGGUUCACCUUUGCACCAAUUCUUACAAUCUGGUUCCUCUUUAUUGCUGUUAUUGGUGUCUACAACUUCAUAGUAUAUGAUCCAAGUGUAAUCAAAGCACUUAAUCCAAUGUACAUUGUGAAAUAUUUUCAAACAAACAAGGAAAAUGCGUGGAUCUCACUUGGGGGCGUCGUCCUGUGCUUGACAGGAUCAGAAGCUUUGUUCGCGGAUCUUGGCCACUUCAAUGUUCGCUCGAUCCAAAUCAGCACAUGUACUAUUGUUUUUCCCUCAAUUGUCAUUGCCUAUGUAGGUCAAGCUGCCUAUCUUACAGUAAACCCUCUUAAUGCGUACGAUGCUUUCUACAAAUCAGUUCCAAAACCUGUUUACUGGCCAAUGUUGGUGGUUGCAGUUUUGGCAGCUAUUAUUGCUAGCCAGUCUUUGAUCUCAGCUUCCUUCUCCAUAGUCCAACAGUCUCUCGCACUUGGGUGUUUCCCACGAGUGAAAGUUGUCCAUACUUCUUCUAAAUAUGAAGGCCAAGUAUAUGUGCCAGAGAUUAACAACUUACUCAUGAUAGCUUGUGUUGCUGUCACACUAGGAUUUAAGACCACAGUGCAGAUUGGGAAUGCUUUUGGGAUUGCAGUGGUGUUUGUUAUGACACUCACAUCUGGAUUUCUAAUCCUUGUGAUGAUCAUGAUCUGGAAGACAAAUUUAGCAUUGAUUAUCCUCUAUGUUUUAACCAUCACCCUUGUAGAGUUAAUCUACUUGAGCUCAGUCCUUUUCAAAUUUGUUCAAGGGGGGUACCUUCCAUUAGCCUUCGCGGCAUUGCUAAUGUCUGUCAUGUUUGUUUGGAACUAUGUAUACCGCAAGAAGUACAUGUUUGAUUUAGAAAACAAAGUUUCAGUGGAGAGACUCAAGGAGAUAGCCAACAACCCGCAAAUUCAACGAGUCCCAGGUGUAGCCCUGUUCUACUCAGAGCUUGUCCAAGGUAUUUCUCCAAUCUUCACCCAUUACAGUGCCAAUGUCCCAGCACUGCACACAGUGCUUGUGUUUGUCUCAAUCAAGUCAUUACCUAUCAGCAAGGUCCCAGAUGAGGAGCGUUUCUUGUUCCGACAAGUUGACCCUCAUGGAUUACGGAUCUUCCGAUGCAUAGUGAGAUAUGGAUACAAGGAUGUGGAAAAGGAAGGAGAAUCCUUUGAAAGUACAUUGGUGAAUAGGUUGAAGGACUUCAUUAAGGAGGAGGUAUCGAGAAUCGAUGCAGAUGAGGCUGCAAUAGAGGUUCAAUUGGUGGAUAAUGAAUGCAAGAAGAGCGGCAUCACAUAUAUUGUUGGUGAGAGUGAGGUAGUGGCUUCCCCGACAUCUAGUUUGGGGAAGAAACUGAUUAUAGACUAUGCUUAUAAUGGAUUGAGAAGGUGCUUAAGGCAACAAGAUCAAGUCUUUGCAAUUCCUCGCAAGCGUUUGUUGAAGGUGGGAAUGACUUAUGAGCUCUAGUGUUCUUAGAG